UAAUUAUAGUUAAUUCUCGCAUCUCUUUGAAAUUACACAAAUCCCCCCAAAGUUCCAAAUUUCGAGGGACUUCCCAUUUGAGAGACUUCCUUUUUCCGUGAACGAAUUCAUCACUGGAAUCCGAAUUCCUAGUUCCUACCUUACCUCGAAAGGUCCCACCCUCUCUCUCUCCCGCGAUGAAGAAGGCAGGCCUCCCGUAAUCCAAAAACCUCUCUGCUCAAACCCUAUCUACAGGUACAACGCCUCAGGUCAAUGGAUACAGAUGAUAGAUCAAGUAGUCCUCUCAAAGAGAACAUGGAUAGGACACUUCUAGCAUCAAAUAACUUGGACUUGAAUGUGGAGCAGGACUGUCGCAGCCCAAAAUUUUUGCAUAGUAAUGGCAUUCAGUCCAAUCUUUAUGUAAAGGAUGGAGCCAGUAAAGAUGCAGUACUUAAAAUCGGUACAGAAUUUGAAUCAGAUGAACAUGCAUACAAAUUCUACAACAAGUAUGCCAGAUUAGUAGGUUUCAGCGUUAGGAAAGACUGGAUAAAUAGGAGCAAGGUACAUGGUCAGGUGGUAUCUAGGAAGUUCACUUGCUCUAAAGAGGGUUACCGGAGGAAGGACAAAAGAGACAUUAAUGUGAAGAAACACCGAAAGGAAACUAGAACCGGUUGCUUGGCACAUAUGAUUAUUACUCGUCAACCUGAUGGUAAAUACCAGGUUACACAUUUUGAAGAACAACACAAUCAUGACAAUGUAAACCCAACUAAUGCUCAAACCUUGUCAUUGCAAAGAGAAUUUAGUUGUUCUCCUGAGACUGAAGCUUGCUCUGCAACUAAUUUGGAAUCAUGCUCAACGUCAACAUUUGAAUUGAUGACUAGACAACUUGAAGUCCGGGAAUCCCUUGAUGUUCUUGCCCUUGAUUCUGACAAUUAUCUUCAAUCUGAAAGAUUAAGAGAUAUUAAGGAGGGAGAGGCAGGACGUUUGUUGCAUUAUUUUCAAAGGCAGCACUUUGAAAAUCCAUCAUUCUUUUAUGCAAUACAGCUUGAUAUUGAUGACAAGGUAACCAACAUAUUUUGGGCUGAUGAUAACAUGGUACUGGACUAUGACCAUUUCAGCGAUGUGAUCUGUUUAGACACAACUUCCAAAUCAAACAAAGACUUUCCCCCAUUUGUACAGUUUAUAGGAGUAAAUCAUCACAGACAAGUCUUGAUUUUUGCUGCUGCACUUUUAUAUGAUGACACUGUCGAUUCUUUUAAGUGGCUAUUACAAACUUUCAUAGAAGCAAUGUCUGGGAAGAAGCCAAAGGCUAUUCUCGCAGAUCAAGAUGCAGCAAUUAUUGAAGCAAUCAAUUCAGUGUUACCAGAAACAAGCCAUCGUAUAUGUGUAUGGCAGAUGUAUCAGAAUGCUCUCAAACACCUUAGCCUUCUAGUAAAAGAUGUGGAUUCCUUUGCCAAAGAUUUAAAGAGCUGUAUUUAUGACCACAAGGAUGAGGAAGAUUUCAUUUGUGGCUGGGAGUCUAUGCUGGAAAAAUAUGGUCUUCAGCAGAAUGAGUGGUUAAGAUGGAUGUUUAGAGAAAGAGAGAAAUGGGCUGUGGUAUAUGGUAGGAAUACUUUUUUCGUUGACAUGAAUGGCUUACAUCUGGGUGAGUGUUUAUUUAAUGACUUGGGGACUCGCUUGAACUCGGACCUUGAUAUUCUUCUUUUCAUAAAAUAUUUUGAAAGGGUAGUAGAUGAGCAACGUUGCAAAGAAACUGAAGCUAAUGAUGAAAUGAGCAGAUGCAUGCCAAGACUAAUGGGAAAUGUGGUUUUAUUAAAGCAUGCCAGUGGUGUUUACACUCCAAGGGCAUUUGAAGUACUUCAGAGGGAAUAUGAGAAGUGUUUAAAUGUUGUUGUUAACAGGUGCAGUCAGAAUGGGUCAUUGAUCGAGUAUAAAGUGAAGAAAUUUGGACAAGUUCGAGAACACACUGUUACCUUCAAUUCUUCUGACUCUACAGUCGUUUGCAGUUGUAUGAAGUUCGAAUAUGUUGGGUUUCCAUGUAGCCAUGCACUGAAAGUACUUGAUCAUCAGAAUAUAAAGAUUAUCCCUUCCCGUUAUAUCUUGAAGAGAUGGACAAAAGAUGGAAGGUCUGGAAGCGUGAAAGAUUGUUACAAUUUUACCAUCGAAGAUAAUCCUAAGUUGGUUGUUGCUAGCCGCUACAAAAGUUUGUGCCACAGAAUGCUUAAGUUGUCAGCCAGGGCUUCUGAGUCCGAGGGAGCAUUUCAAUUUGCUGCCAGACAACUUGAUGAGCUGAUGGAAGGGGUGAAGAAAAUUUUGACCUUAAAACCUGAGGAUGCUCAAGCUAUCACCUCAAGUAGCACAGGUGCAAAUGCCUCUGAAAGUGAACAUGCAGAGAUUUUUCUGGAUAGAAAUGCAAUUGAUGAUCAGGAUGAGAACAGAGUAAAAGGACCAAAAGAAAAGGUGAGUGGUAAUUCUGAUAGAGGUCCACUAGUCAAUGUGAAUGGAAAACUUUCUCAUACCAAAGGAGUUCAGAAUAUAGAAGCAUCCCCACAGGAUAUUGUAACCUGCAUUUCAAGUCCCUCAAGGGCAUAUAUUUCACCUCAAGCCACCACACCAAAUACCAUUAUGCAGGGUAUGUACAAUUUUGAAGCAAAUCAGGUGGUUCAGUGCAUGUACCAGCAAUCUAAUCUGGUCAUGGACCAGCAACCCAAUCCUGACAUAUAUCAACCACCUAACAUCUUCUCUAACCAACAUGAUUUACCUGGCCAAUCUCAACUAUUACAGGAACCUCUAAUCCAUAACCCAUACCACGAGUCUGUCUCAAGCACCAGUCAAUUGAGGCAGGCAAUGGAUCUUGAUGUCCAACAUGAACAUUCAUCUUCGUUCUUACUUUUUGACGAGAGAUACAGAGCUUCCAGCAACUAUCUUGGGCCCAAGUGAAAAAUAUGGAAAGUUAUACUUCUCUCUCAUCAUUGUCUGUCGUGUUCUGUGUAGUAUCAAAUUCUUGAGUUCAUAC